AUGAACGCUGACGGUGUGACUGUGACUUAUGACGGUCCCCAAGAUGAGACAGCGACGACCUUAGGAGUGACAACCUCAGGAGCGGCCGCGACUGUGACUGCGUCAUCCUCUUCAAUGGCCUGGGAUGGUUAUAUAACUAUCAAUGAUCAAACCUACCACAUUCCCUCUGAUGAUUCAUGGUUGGAUAUUGUUCUAGAUGAUGGGUCGCUGCUUGCGCUGUCUUCAGGACAUGCGUCUAUCAAUGGUGAUAGAAGUUGGCUGAGUAUUGGAGAAAUUGGUCCAAUAUAG